UUGUCGCUCCAUGGAGUGUCAUGGCGGCUUGUAGGACGCUUGUGAGUCGCGGUGUGUUGACGCUUGGGCUUCAUUAUCGGCAUGUUUGCAGAAGUGUCCUGGUCACACAGAGCAGAGAGAAGAAGCGAUGGAUGAAGGCCUACACUCUGCUCAUGGAGAGGAAGAGGAGACUCGAAGGUCUUCCGCCUCCAACGCCACGCUCCCAGCAGCCUAACUGGGAUUAUCAUGCUGAGGUGGAGGCGUUCAGUGCCCGGCUGAAGGAGCAUUUCUCUACCGACCUCCUGAAGAUGGCGUUCGUGAACCCCUGCUACGUCCGCUCCGAGGAAGAGAGACGCCGCUCGUUGGGUCUGGAUGCUGAGAGCACAGCGCUAAACCUCAGAGACAAUGCAGAGCUGCAGGAACAUGGGCGUAACUUCACGCUGGGUUUUCUCGCGGAUUGGUGCAGGGGAACCUUCCCCAGUCUGCCGGAAGACGGCGUAGCAGCCAUCGUCUGUCACCUAACUGGGUUGGAGGUCAUGUGUUACGUGGCUCGGAACCUGGCGGUGGAGGAACUGGCGAUGACGGCGGAGUUUCCUGUUCCGGAUGACAUCCUCCGGGAGACGUUCUUUGCUGUGAUUGGUGCGCUGGAGCAGAGCAGUGGCUCGGAGAGGGCGGGGCUUUUCAUCAGGGACUUCCUGGUGACGCAGCUGAUAGGGAAGGACCUGUUUGACAUGUGGAAAGUGGUGAACCCCAUGGGGAUAUUAGUGGAGGAGCUGAGCCGCAGAGGAGCAUCACUCCCCGAGCCACGCCUCAUCCAGUCCUCGGGGGCCAGCACCGUUCUCCCGCUCUACUUCGUUGGACUUUACUGUGAUAAGAAGCUGCUGGCUCACGGGCCUGGUGAGACACUGUCGGCAGCGGAGGAGGAGGCAGCACGCGUGGCUCUGAGGAAACUCUUCGGCUACACAGAAAACCGCAAACCACUCGACUUUUCCACAAAACAGGAGCAGCCUGAAACAUCAGCAGUGAAGCAGGCGGUCAGCAGAGGAUAAACACACACACACACACGUGCGCUCUGUCAUCUGUCUGUCUUUCACCAGGUGAAUAACAUCUGCUGCUUUAGUCUCUUCAAAUGUCUCUGUUUGUCUGAAGUAAAUUUGGACGGUCCGGUUUAGGGAGCGGUGUGGAACACAUACUUCCACUCGGUUUCUAACGAGAUCAGGUGAAAAAACACAACACUUGAGUGUAAAUGUUGUGGUUUGUUUGUUUUUUAAAAAAAAGAAAUGUCUCCUCACAUGUGAAGCAGCUGUUUGUUUCUUUGACUGCUUCUUAUUUAAUGGUCUGUUUGUACGUAUAAUGGCGGAUCAUUUAAGUUCCUUGACUUUAAAUACUCUUUGAAUCAAUUUCAUCAGGAGUAUUUAUUCCUGUAACUGAAGUGUAAUUAAGGUCCAGUAACAUCCCAGAAUGUUGAUGAUGUCAGUGUUUUAAUGCUUAUCCAUUUAAGAUGAGUUAUUUACAGCUACAGCAGUCCGUGCAGGAUUUUGUGGAGUUUUUUCGUGAUCGUUGCGUUCACUUGAUUUUGCUGUGGCUUUUUUAAAAUUUUCAAUACGACUUGCAGAGUUUUUUUUGUGCUUUUUUUUCCCCCCUGGAAAACUACUAGAAUCUGCGAACUCACGAAAUUGUUCAGCACACUCUUUCACAGUGAUGUUUGUUGGUAAAUGAGACCUUUUUAGCUGUACUUGUGUUCGACACACGUGACACUGUGAUGACAUCACAUGACUCGUCUCCGCCCAAAUCUGCGGCGAUUUUUAAAACGACAAGUUCCUCCGAAUAUUAUAUUUGCGUUCGUUUCUGCAAUGGCGAAAUCCUGUAGGGACUGAAAUAAAUUAGACGUCUUUCGGCUUUGUUUCGUAGCUUCACGUUACCACACAUUCUGAACAGAUGAGAUUCUGUUUAGAACGGCAUGUGCUGAAUAAACUUCUGUCUGUUUCUCUUUAAACGUUCUGGGGUUUUUCCAUCCUCGCCAUUACUUAACUAAUUACUAAUUCAUUACUUUAAAGUUACUUGAUAGAACGGUUUAAAAUCUAUGAAGUCUGAUAAUUCUGUAGCUAGCCCUGCUAUCAUGAGUCUUCAGAUAAAUCAUUUGCAUGUGAUUAGACAAAGCGUUCAAGACAAGGGAAUCUGCACUGAUGGUCAUGUUUAGAAAGCUGGAGUCGCUGAACUGGGUUUUUUUUUUUUGUGUGUGUGUACAUUAAACGUCCUGGUACUGAUGCUGUGCUGGAUCUGUAUCCAGACUGCAGUCCACCAUUUUAUGACUCCUGGACUUCUGCUUUGAGGAAAUUCAGUUGUUUUUUUUUUUGUUUUUUUUUUUUGUCCCCCUCCUCAAUUUAUCUGAUCUGUUUUCCCUCAGACUUUGCGACACAGCUUGCUUCAGUAACAAGUCUAAAUAAUUCUGAAUAAUUCUGCUUGAUGAUAGUGAUGGAGUGCUGGAUAUUUCUGCGUCCCUUUAAUUUAUAUCCCCGAAAAAAUGUUAGCGCUUGAAUCUGUUCUGUUUGAAUGUUUGUUGAGGUGUUUUGUGUGUACUACGAUGUUCCUAUUUGAAUAAAGUAAAAACCGCUCAAACAGGAUCGUCAGAUAGAAUUUGGUUCAUGCAUCCAUUUAAUUUACAAGCUAAAUUUUCAUCUCUUAAUACAUGACACCCUUCCCAGAAUGCCUUGUUAUCAUACCGUUUAUUUUGAAGAUAAAUACAUGAACCAGGCCUGUGCUGGAGUUUACGAAUAGACAAACUGAACAGAUUGAUUGAUUUUUUUUUUUUUUGAGGAUUUUUAUAUGUAAAAGGAUUAUGAAGACGAAGAGAUUAAAGCAAUAGACGGAUCAGCUUUAGUGCUGUACGUUCAGUUGUUAAGGUGAUACGGUUUAUAUUCCAGAUAAACAAGUCAUCCAAAUCGUGAUGUGUGUUCUGUAAUAAUAUAUUGUACAGUAUAUUCAUCUAUGUAAGUGUUUAGCCUUCACUGAAAAUUAAAAUUGACCUUUUUUUUGCAA